ACCCACAGGAACAACAGUAACAAAAACGAAAACCCAUGUUCAAAUGUGAAUCCAAAAGCCGAAAAACACUGGUUUUAUUUUGUCAGAAAAAAAAAUCGCAGCUAUAAAAUGGGAGGAGGCAGUGAAUUGGAGCCUACCAACCCACAACUCGUCAGAUCCGUCCUUUUGGGUCCCAUUUUUUCCCUUCUUCAACGGUGCUUCUGCUUCUGUUAGAAAAAAUAAAAAAACUAUAGACAAAGACAUAGAAAUAGAAAAUCUUUUUGUAGACUUUGUGUUUUUAAAAGACAAAAGAGAGAAAAACAAGGGUUGAGUUUUAGUUGGACAAAGAAAGCAAAGAAGUGUUUUUUUUCUUUUAAAACAAAGUUGAGGCUUUUGGUUUUGGAUGCCAUUGCCGAUGUUGGGUUCAUUCAAAAGCUUGGUUUUUGAGGGCAUUGAUAAACAUCUUUACUUUGUUUAGUCUGUUUUUGAAAAUGGGUCUUUAUCAAAUCCGGUAAAACUAACUCCAUUGCGUCAAUUUGACAUUGAUAGCAAAACUUCUUGUAAAGUUGAAUUUGUUUUUGAUUGGUUUGGCAGCAUGGUUUGAAGCCAAAGUGGCUUCUCAUACCUUGGUUACAUUUAUGGCAUUCAGCUGGAGAUGGGAAGUAUUGUAAAUAUGGAUCUCCAAGAAGAUAGUGGCAAGUUGCGGUCGCUACCAGCGACAACCUCUAGAAAUUUGUCAUCAUCAUCGUCAGCAUUCUUUUCUGCGAAUCAAUCACCAUUCUUCUCUCCCAGACCAUCAACGUGUCAAUUAUCUGAAUCGGCAAGGUCUGAUGCUCAAUGUGAUAGUAUUAAUUUAACUGCUGAUCGUCCAAGUUCCAGUUCUGGAAUUCAGGAACAUGAAUGCCUCGCAAAUGUCAGAUUUGCCCUGUCAGACAUGUCAUUAACGCCUGCUGCUUGUAUUUCAAGUGACUUCCAGAAAUUUGACCAUGUGUCAUCUACAACUCUUGUCUCUAAUGGCACCCUAUCUAGUUGUGGUCAUGUGGAUGACAAUGGUUAUUGUGGCCUUAUAGAGAAGCACAGAAAGCAUAUGAGAAGCCACGAUAUGUCCUUUUCCCCUGUUCCAAUAUCGUUAUCUUCUAAUAUAGACAGAAGCUAUGAUGUUUAUAUAGGUUUGCAUGGUCACAAACCUUCCUUACUGAGGUUUGCAAAUUGGCUCCGUGCUGAGUUGGAAGUCCAAGGGAUGAGUUGCUUUGUAUCAGAUAGAGCUCGAUUUAGGAAUUCUCGUAAGCAUGGACUUAUUGAGAAGGCAAUGGAUGUUUCUUCCUUUGGGGUUGUAAUUCUAACAAGGAAAUCUUUUAGGAAUCCAUAUACUAUUGAGGAGCUUAGAUUUUUUUCCAGCAAGAAAAAUUUGGUCCCUAUCUAUUUUGAUUUGAAUUACGGUGAUUGUCUUGUCCGGGAUAUAGUUGAGAAGAGGGGAGAGCUGUGGGAAAAACAUGGAGGUGAAUUAUGGGUUUUGUAUGGAGGGUUGGAGAAGGAGUGGAAGGAAGCCGUUAAUGGCCUUUUUCGAUUGGAUGAAUGGAAAUUGGAAGCUCAAGAUGGUAGUUGGAGAGACUGCAUAUUAAGAGCUGUUACUCUUUUGGCAAUGCGGUUAGGAAGACGAAGUGUUGUAGAGCAAUUGACGAAGUGGAGAGAAAAGGUAGACAAAGAGGAAUUCCCAUUUCCUCGAAAUGAGAACUUUAUUGGCCGGAAGAAAGAAUUGUCAGAGCUAGAAUUUAUAAUUUUUGGUGACAUUAGUGGAGAAUCGAAAAGAGAUUAUUUUGAGCUCAAGGCUAGAUCAAAGAGAAAGAAUUUGAUGAUUGGGUGGAGUAAGAGCAGUUCAGUAGAGGAAAGACGCAGGGAACGACAGUGGGAGAGUGGCAGCCGGAAGGGUAAAGAACCAGUCAUUUGGAAGGAGUCAGAAAAGGAGAUUGAGAUGCAAAGCACUGAAAGGCAGCACUAUCAAAGACCAAGAGGUGGUGGACGGAAUUCACGGAGAAAGAGAUCAGCGAAAAUUGUAUAUGGAAAGGGUGUUGCCUGCAUAACGGGGGACUCAGGAAUAGGGAAGACUGAGCUUCUUCUGGAGUUUGCCUACAGAUAUCACCAAAGGUAUAAGAUGGUUUUAUGGAUAGGAGGGGAAAGCAGGUAUAUUAGGCAGAAUUAUCUAAACCUCUGGUCGUUUUUAGAGGUUGAUGUUGGGGUUGAAAAUUGCAUAGACAAAAGCAGGAUAAAAAGCUUUGAAGAGCAGGAAGAGGCUGCCAUAUCUAGAGUCCGGAAAGAGCUAAUGAGGAACAUACCUUUUCUGGUGGUGAUUGAUAAUUUAGAGAGUGAAAAGGAUUGGUGGGAUCACAAGCUUGUAAUGGAUCUUCUUCCCCGUUUUGGCGGAGACACCCACAUUCUGAUAUCGACUCGCCUUCCACGUGUGAUGAAUUUAGAACCUUUAAAACUUUCAUACUUGUCUGGAGUAGAGGCAAUGUCAUUAAUGCAGGGAAGUGUGAAAGACUACCCUAUUGCAGAGAUUGAUGCGCUCAGGAUCAUUGAGGAGAAAGUUGGAAGGCUAACUUUGGGCCUUGCGAUUGUAGGCGCAAUCCUAUCUGAGCUACCAAUAAAUCCAAGCAGGCUACUGGAUACCAUCAACAGGAUGCCAUUGAGAGACUUUUCAUGGAGUGGUAGGGAAGCUCUUCAAUUUAGGAAAAACACUUUCCUCCUACAACUCUUUGAGGUAUGUUUUUCCAUAUUUGAUCAUGCAGAUGGACCAAGGAGCUUGGCUACGAGAAUGGUCCAGGUGAGUGGUUGGUUUGCACCUGCGGCCAUUCCAGUUUCCCUGUUAGCCCUAGCUGGACACAGAAUACCUGAGAAACAUAAAGGAACCUGCUAUUGGAGAAAAAUUUUGCGUUCCUUGACUUGUGGUUUUUCUUCAUCAUACUCGAAGAGAUCCGAGGCAGAAGCAUCUUCCAUGUUGUUGAGAUUCAAUAUUGCAAGAAGUAGUACCAAGGAAGGUUAUGUCCAUUUCAAUGAACUCAUCAAGGUUUACGCUCGGAAGAGAGGAGUUACUGGAGUGGCACAUGCUAUGGUUCAAGCUGUUGUUAGUCGUGGGUCACUAUCACUCCACUCAGAACAUUUAUGGGCAGCAUGUUUCUUGCUAUUUGGAUUUGGUAAUGAUCCUAAAGUUGUUGAGUUCAGGGUGUCAGAACUGUUAUACCUUGUCAAAGAAGUGAUUCUGCCUCUUGCAAUUCGGACAUUUAUUACAUUCUCUAGGUGCACUGCUGCUCUUGAACUCCUCCGGCUAUGCACCAAUGCUUUGGAGGCAGCAGACCAGGUGUUUGUUACCCCAGUUGAGAAAUGGUUGGACAAAUCACUUUGUUGGAGACCCAUCCAAACUAAUGCUCAAUUGAAUCCAUAUCUUUGGCAGGAAUUGGCGUUAUCAAGAGCCACUGUGCUAGAAACAAGGGCCAAAUUAAUGCUUAGAGGGGGGCAAUUUGACAUAGGAGAUGACCUAAUUAGGAAAGCUAUUUUUAUUAGAACUUCAAUCUGUGGUGAGGAUCAUCCAGAUACCAUAUCUGCUCGUGAAACUCUAAGCAAACUCACCCGGCUUCUUGCAAAUGUUCAUACUCAUAUUUCACCAUAGAUUCUAUAUUUAUUGUUAGCAAAUUUUGCAUUAUUAUACAAAGUUUACAAAUAAAACUCAUGUAAACAAUCCAGAGAAUUUUUUAUACUAUUUUGACUUUGAAUGAAAUGCCCUACAGUUUUGAAUUUACUCUUUUCUCCCUUGUCAGGAACGGGAUCAUCUAGACUGACUUUAUUGCAUCACGUGCUUUCCUAAGUUUCUUGUCAUAAUUAACUGUUUGAUCAAGAUUUUAUAGCCUGUGCUUAUAGAUUGGACAUUUGAUUUACAUUUGGGAGUUUAAAGAAAGAGGCCAAGGAAUUAUGGUGCAUGUAUCAGUCUGAGGCAUUGAUUCUUAAACCAAGAUUUAUCAGGUGAAGAGUAGCAUCACUGGUAGCUAUCUGAUAUUUAUUAGUCUUUAACUGUUUGAGUUUUUUGUACAACUUGAAAUAUUCAAUAUUGCAAUGUAAUUUCUCUUGUUCAAACUAUUCAAACAUGGAGAGCCUGUUGACCAAGGUGAGGGCUUCUCACUCUCAAAAGGUUUAUCCUUGUCUUUAUGAAUUUGCUGUUAUAUUUUCUAAGGGUGUCUCUCAUUUUGAUUCUGCUAUGCUUUACUUCUUCUCUCAGGCCUCAAAGUUCUACGGCCUAAUUGCACUGGCUAAGUUGAGAAAGUUAGCUUGUUAAAUUCUAGGGCACAUUUUUGUGUCUAGCAUGGUGCAUAACAUUAUAAGGUAGCAGGCUCCAACUCCAGCUACAUGUUCAUUGGUUUUAUUCUUUUCUUAAAUGAUUUACCCAUAUUCAGGUUGACCUAUUUAAUUGUUGUCAUGUUUUCUGUCAGGAGAAAUUAUCUGUUGAAUUACAUCUUUCAUGCAGGUUUUUACAUUAAUGUUUUGAAAUCUACUGAUGCAACUUUGACAACUGAUCACUCUGGAGCAAGGAUGUUGGUUGCAUCAAUGAGCAGCCUCAUAAAAGAUGUGAAAAACUGGGACCUAUAUAGGACCGCAAUGAGAACCUCACUAUGGUAUGUUCUUGCCAGGUUUAGUUCUUGUAUUCUUGGUGCUAACAUAAUAUGUUACCGCCUUUCUGUCUUGAAUUUCUUUCUGUAGUUAAGUUUACACUUUUCUAAUUGUUUUGUCUCUACCACUUUUUUUGGCCAGAAGUCUGAAGUCUCUACCAUUUUUAUGCGUGAAAGUUUGAUCAUGUAAUCUGAAUUUUGUUUUUAACCAUUUAAUAUGCUCACAUUUGGUCUUUGAGUGAAAUAAAGAUGAAAUACUGAUGAUAUUUGUAGGCCCUGGAAUAUGCUGGCUU